UAUAAAUUCAGUUACGUUUGAAGCGGAGAAUGAAAUAGUUCUAUCGGUGUUAUUAGCAGUAAUAAAAGAAAGAUUUGAUUUGAUUUUUACGACAUACAAAUUGAGAAUCAAGCGAUGAUCAUCAACUGUUUGCUAAUAUGCCUAAUGGCAACUGCUUGCCUGUCGCAGGCAUCGUUGGAUGAUCUUAUUUCUGAAAUAUUUAAGACGGAUGGUUCUGCUGGUUCGAACCCAACAACUCCUCCAAAUGUUAUUUCACCCACUCCUACACAUCCAAUACCAACCCCGGAUGUACGCAAUGAUAACAAAUUCCAGUCCUGCGGAAAUCAGAAGGAGUGUGUGCCACGCUGGUUGUGCGCAAACAAUACAAUCAAUACUGAUGGUGAAAACCUAAUUGAUAUUCGUAUUGAUACGGGCACACCGUGCUCAUACCUGGAGCUAUGUUGUGAUCUCCCAAAUAAGAAAGCUAUUCCUGAUAUUGUGAAGCCAUCGGAGAACCAUGGCUGCGGUUAUCAAAAUCCCAACGGCGUUGGUUUUAAAAUAACUGGUGCUGUUAACCAAGAAGCUGAAUUUGGAGAAUUUCCAUGGAUGGUUGCAAUCCUGCGCGAGGAGUCUCAGUUGAAUCUGUACGAAUGCGGAGGAGCUUUAAUAGCACCGGACGUCAUACUGACGGCAGCCCACUGUGUUCAUAACAAGGACGCCAAAUUUUUAAUAGUGCGGGCUGGUGAAUGGGACACUCAAACAAAGGACGAAAUCAUACCACACGAGGAUCGUUAUGUGAAGGAAAUAGUCUAUCAUGAGCAAUAUAAUAAGGGAACUCUGUAUAAUGACGUUGCUCUGCUAUUUUUGGAAACGCCAUUUACUCUCCAGGAGAAUAUUCAGCCAGUUUGCUUGCCAAAUGUGGGUGAAAUUUUCGACUAUGACCGCUGUUACGCCACUGGCUGGGGCAAAAAUAAGUUUGGCAAGGAUGGGGAAUAUCAAGUAAUUCUCAAGAAAAUCGACUUGCCUGUUGUGCCAAAUGCCAAGUGCCAAACAGAUCUUCGCCAGACUAGACUUGGAAAGCACUUUAACCUUAAUGAAAGUUUCAUGUGUGCCGGAGGAGAAAAGGACAAGGAUACAUGCAAGGGAGAUGGUGGCUCACCACUGGUGUGCCCUAUUAAAGGUUUCCCUAAUAGAUUCAAGUCUGCUGGUAUUGUUGCCUGGGGCAUUGGCUGUGGUGAAGAAAACAUUCCUGGAGUAUAUGCCAAUGUUGCCCAUUUGAGGCCAUGGAUAGAUCAGAAACUCAACCAAAGACAGGUUGACUUUACAUACUUCACUCCUUAAGCAAUUGAUAAAUGUAAUGCUCAUAAUCAAUUUAAUUUGACACGUAAUAAAUCUAUGCUUUUCACACA